AUUUUCCUUCUGCUUUUUUGUGCUCUCUGGUGGAAAGGGGGUGUCAUUUCUAAGAAAACUGUAAUAGGCGAACAACGAAAAGGUAUUUAACUCUCAUAGAUGGCACACGAGGUAUACCAAGCGUCAACCUUUUUUGUUAGGUUAGAUACAACAACAAAUCAAAAUUUUGAAUAAAACAAAUAUAGGUUUUGUUUAAUUUUUUUAAUUAAUAAAAUUUGGAAUGUCUCAAAUUAGUACGAAAGAGAAGCUUUUGUACAUAAUAGACGACAUUGAGCUGAUCUCAAAAGAGAUAAUUGAGAACGCUAUUGCCCCUAAAAGCGCUAAACUCAGCGGACCAGAAUAUGCUCAACUCACAGAACUCUUAGUAGCCAAAGACAACGAACUGAAAGAAACCCUAAAGCUUGCAGCGGAGCAAGCCCAAAUCAAUAAAAAACUGGACAACCUGAAAGCUGAAGUCGAGAGACAAGAUCAGGACAUCAACGAUCUGCAAAGGCAGCUGAAGGAAGCUGAACAAAUUUUAUCCACAGCUAUAUAUCAAGCAAAUCAAAAGUUAGCUUCGAUAGCUAGGGCCAAUAAGAGGCCUGUACAUUCAGAAGAAUUGAUCAAGUUUGCACAUAGGAUAAGUGCUUCGAAUGCAAUAUGUGCACCAUUGACUUGGCAGCAAGGUGACCCUAGAAGGCCAUAUCCUACCGAUAUUGAAAUGAGGUUAGGAUUGCUUGGAAGACUGAGUGAUCCUAUCAAUGGCCAUUUACUAGCCCAACAGAAUAGCAUGUCAGAUUUGCAUAGAACUGGACAUCCUGGGGAGAUUCCAGCUUCUCAGCAGAACCAAUUCGCCUGGCAUCCAUCUGGUGAGAUGCACAUUACUGUUGGUCAGGGCACAGUUCCAAUGGAUACACGAAACCACAAGCAAGAAAACGAAGAUGUUGAGGUUAUGUCCACAGAUUCUAGCAGUAGUUCAUCAAGUGAUUCCCAAUAACCUUACAAGUAUAUAAGCUUCUAAUUAUGAUGAUUGUGUACUGCCUAUUUAAGUAUCUCUAUGAUAUUAGUUGUCAUAUCAUUAAGAUAAAAAUGAUGAAUAAACAUACAGUAUAUUCAGAUAAGAGAUAGACCGGACAUAAACAAGACCACGUGAUCAUCGAACGCUGUAACAUUCGGCAGGGACGUAUUAAGAGUCACGCAGUACAUAUUUUAGAUAGUAGAUGCCUCUUUGCGUAACUUUGUAGUAAAUUAGCACAAUUCGAUGUGUAUACGAUUGGUGAUGGAUAUAGGACCAUGUGGGGGUGGGGUAAGAAAUAUAUAAUGAUGUAAAUAUACAUAAGGGUUUCAAAAUUUUCGCUUCGAUUUCCAGCUUCGGAUGCCGCCUGAUGUUUGGUGAAAUACAGUCGAAUAUAAUCUCAAAAUGGCGUUUAAAUUAGCCUAAAUUAAAAAUAAUCGUAUAUCUCUUAAAAUUGCUUUUAGAAUAUUGAUUAGUAUAUUUUUUGAUUUCUAGGUAAAUAUGUAACCAAAUUAAAACGUUCAAAACGUAAAAAAAUGUGCA